CUUAACCAAUUAAAAUUUCUCCCCAUUUAGAAGUAAAAAAAAAAAAAUCAUAAUUUUCUUUUUGUUUGACUGGUUUUACUAGGACUAAAAAAAAUAGUUAUUGGCUAUUCCCAUGCAAACCAACGUAACACCAAAAUUAGUAUUAUUAGUUCAAAUCCCCAUGCAAAUAAUCAAUUAGCACCACCCUAUUAUUAUUAUUCUUCUUCUUCUUCUUCCUUUCAACGCCCACCGCCGCCGCUCCUCAUCUUCCAAUGGAGGAGCGGAUUCCACCUUCCGACAAGCCUCCGCUUCCUCCUCCUCCCUCCUCCCUCGAAACCUACGUCGUCCAGAUUCCCCGCGAUCAAAUCUACCGCGUCCCCCCGCCGGAGCACGCCCUCAUUAUCGAGAGCCACAAACGCAACUCCUCCGAUCAGCAGAAAACCUGCCGGAGACCCAUCUGCUGGAUCCUCCUCCCCGUUUUUCUCCUCUUCGCGGUCGUCUUCGCCGCCGUCAUGAUCGCACGCGCCACCCUCUACACCCCCGUCCCGCCGGAGUUCACCGUCACGCGCGUCAUGGGAAGGAAUCUGGCGCCGCCGCCGAAGGGCGGCGGCGGCAGCCACCACCAGCCGGAAUUCGACGUCACGCUCCGCGCGAAGAACCCGAAUGCGAGGAUGUCGGUUUCUUACCUCGCCGGAGGACAGGCGUCGCUGGUUUUCAAGAGCAAGAAAAUCGGGAAGGGAGCGGCGGUCAGAUCGGCGGUCAGACAAGAACCCGGCGGCGGCGAUGUUGAUUUUCCGGUGGUUUUGGCCGGGAACGGGGCGUCGCUGACGGCGGAGAUCGAGAAAAGCCUGGACGGGGCGGCGGAGAAAUCGAUGGUGCUGCAGAUUCAGGCGGCGGCGGAGAUGAACAGCUGGGCGAGAAACGAGCGGAGGGAUUUGAAGAUAAACUGCGAAUUGAAGGUGAAGAAUUCGUUGAUGAACAAGACCAAGAUUUCGUUUCAGGAUUGCCGGACGGAAUUCUAG